CCGAGGGAAGAUGGCGGACGGUGUGGACCACAUAGACAUUUACGCGGAUGUGGGCGAAGAGUUCAACCAGUGCCAGCCCAAAAUACGGGGAAGGUCUGGACCUGGUGGGGUCUGCUUACAGAGUAAGGGACAAUAAAUCAACUCUUCCAGUGCAUUUUCUGAACCUUUAUCAAAGCUGUUUCCUGGCUAUCAAUAUUUACGUCAUCCUUAGGACCUCAGAAUAUCCUUCUUCAAACAUAAGGAAGAAAACUUUUAAAGUCAGUGGACCAAUAAACGGUUCCUGUUUUCCACAUGUCUCAAAGGGUGGAGCUGCCAGACCGCUCGGAGAAGAAGGAAGUGAAAAGAUGUUAAAUACCAGGGCCAGCUCAGCCUGGUCAGCCUGGAGGUCUGGCUUCUCGGUCAACAUGAAGGCUGUGCUUAUUCUGGGGCUUCUCCUCCUUUCUGUCGCUGUCCAAGGCAAGAUCUUUGAGAGGUGUGAGCUUGCCAGAACUCUGAAAAGACUUGGAUUGGAUGGCUUUCAGGGAAUCAGCCUGGCAAACUGGGUGUGUUUGGCCAAAUGGGAAAGCAGUUAUAACACACGAGCUACAAACUACAAUCGUGGAAGCCGAAGCACUGAUUAUGGGAUAUUUCAAAUCAAUAGCCGCUACUGGUGUAAUGAUGGCAAAACCCCACGAGCAGUUAACGGCUGUCACAUACCCUGCAGCGUGUUGCUGAAAGAUGACAUCACUGAAGCUGUAAAAUGUGCAAAGAGGGUUGUCCGUGAUCCACAAGGCAUUAGAGCAUGGGUGGCAUGGAGAAAUCGUUGUCAAAACCAAGAUCUCAGGAGUUACGUUCAGGGUUGCGGAGUGUAACUGUGGAGUUUUCUUUCUUCAGCUCAUUGUCUCUUUUUCACAUUAAGGAAGUAAUAGUUGAGCGAAAGGUCAUACUACCAUUCUUUCAAACAAAUAAUGUUUUUACAGAAGCAGGAGCAUAUGGUCUUUCUUCUA